AUGCAUGGAAAAGCGACAUCCGUGGCUGCCCUGGUGCUUGAUUAUGCCCGCCAGCUCUCGUGGGUGAUUCCUGUGGGGGGUGUUUUCCUGUGCCUCUUCUCAUUCAUCGUCUACCAACGAUGGUUCUCACCUUUGGCCAAGAUAAACGGACCAUUCUGGGCGUCCCUCAGCCCUCUAUGGAAGCUGCUGGCCUUCAACAAUGGCAACUUCCAUGAGACAAUUCUGGCUCUCCAUGAAAAAUAUGGACCCAUCGUCCGCAUCGCCCCGAACGAGGUCAUCAUAUCUGACAAGUCGGCCAUCCGGGAAAUCUAUAAUACCGUCCAAGGCAGAGAUUUUCUAAAGACAACAUACUACGAUGCAUUUACCGCCUUCCGACCAACCAUCUUUGGUCAAAGGGAUCCGUAUCUACAUGCUCAGCGCAAACGGAUUGUGUCCCACGGGUACAGCAUGAACGCACUCCAGGCCAUGGAGAAGUUUGUCCAGGAGCGUCUCCAAAUCUUCAUGGGGAAGAUGUCCGCUUUUGCAGCCUCUGGAGGCGAGAUCAACUUGGGAAAAUGGUGCCACUUCUUUGCCUUUGAUGUCAUUGGAGAGUUGGCCUUCAGCGAGGGGUUCGGCAUGCUCGAGACCGGAGUAGAGGACGAGCAUAUUCGUCUCAUCAACAACCAGAUGGAAUUCGGAUCUACGAUUGGAAUGAUGCCGUCCCUCAUUCCGUACACGAAAUGGACCUGGCUCCCAAUUCCCUGGCUGCAGAGUCUCCAGGCGGGCCGUGAAAGGUUGAAGGAGCUUACAAAAUCUCGUGUGGAACGGAGACAAGAAAAGGUCAGCGACCGAAAAGAUCUACUCGGCAGGCUCAUCGAGGCCAAGGAUCCGGUCACUGGCCAGAUGCUCGAUUCUAUUGAUUUGCGGACCGAGGCUUUCUCUAGCAUUGUUGCAGGCAGCGACUCAACAUCGUCGGCUCUGAGCUACACAUUCUAUCACGUUUUGGGCCAUCCUACUGUCUACAAGGCGUUGACCAAAGAAUUGCGCGAUGCAUUCCCCGGUCGCGAUUACAAGACUGACGAGACACCUCCAACAUAUGCGGACCUUGGCAAACUGCCCUACCUGCAAGCAGUGAUUAAGGAGAGUCUCCGUCUGACGCCACCAGCUACGAUCAACCUGCCGCGCUAUGUGCCGGAAGGUGGGCGCGUCGUUGCCGGGACGUAUUUCCCUGCCAAGACAAUCGUCGGAAUGUCCGCGCUGCCGGUCCACCUGAACCAGGAAAACUUUGGCCCCGACGCCGCGGCGUUCAACCCUGACCGCUGGAUCAGCGGGUCGGGCGGGAUCACCCCUGAUGAGAUGCAGCGGUACUGGAUGCCCUUCGGCCACGGGUCGAGGCAGUGCAUCGGCAAGAACGUGGCCAUGAUGGAGUUGAUCAAACUUGUCGGAACACUCUUGCUGUAUUUCGACGUCGAGCUGGUGACCGACAACGUCGGUUUCGGUGGGCUCGGCGACAAGAAGCUGCCCGAAAUCCCAGCCUCGAAAAGUUACUUCUUCGCCAGGAUCAGGGAUCCAUUGAUGGUGAGGAUCCGUGAGAGAGGAUCCCAUUAG